GUAUAAAGGGAACUGAAAUGGAUGAGGGGACUUCAUCCAUGCCCAAAGCAGAAGAGAACAUUGAUUUGAUUAUUGAAACAGCAGAAUUUGAUGGAAGUGGUAUGAGAUAUGAUACUAGUAUGUUCGGUCCUAAGACUCAUCAAUGUGAAGUAUGUGGUUAUGUGGCUAGUAAUCAUGGAUGCCUUGUAAUACAUAGAAGAACCCAUACUGGUGAAAAACCAUUCAGGUGUGAUCAGUGUGACUAUGCAUCAACGCGGAAAGGGAAUUUAGUCAGACACAAAGAGAUUCAUACUGAGAAUAAAGCAAUGUGUGCUGUAUGUCAUAUGAUGUUGAAGUCUGUCAAUUUGAAAAGACAUUAUAAAAUAAGACACCCUGAGAUUCCAAUUCCUGAUAAUUUUGGUGACAUGAUUGUGUUUGAUAAUACCUCGCAAGGCAUGGUAUGGUCAAGUUCAAAUGAAAUCACAGAUGGCAGUGAUCAUGGUAGUUUUGUUAUUGAAGAUGUCCGGACUGUCCAAAGUACCAAUUAUGCAGGAAAUGAAAGUAAUCAUGUGGACCAUUUCAAUAAAGGACUAUACAAUCCCAGUAUUGCUUCAGAUUCAGAACGGUCCCUCGUUUUAAAUAUCAACAAUGGAGUUAUUACUAGAGAAGCAUAUGAAGAUAUGCCAUCACAUCAUGCACAUAUGCGAGAAACCAGUCAUAAUUACAUUGAAAAUGCAGCUACUGUUAGAAAUAUGGCUAAUGUCCAUAGUAGACCUUUAUUAUCUGAAAGAUUCAUGGGUAACCCUGAAUGCAGCAAGUCUAGUUUUGCUGCAACAAGCAAUCAAAUAAAUUGUACUGCAACUGCUAUGACCAGAGAGUCAACACCACCAUACAGUACAACGUUUGUGUGAUUUACCGCAAGAAUUUCAUAAUGGGUUGCUUUGUGAAACUGCCUUAGCUUUUCUCAAAGUUCAUAUGUCAAGUUGUAGCUGUUGUGGACAGAAAAAGAAGAAAGCACAAGUGGAUAAAGAAAAAGGACAUGAGGAGCAAUCAUCGUCGGCGAAGAGAGUGAAAGAGAAGCAGGUCAGGGUGACCCUCUUAUGAAAGGCCAACAUAACACAAAGAAUGGGAAAGAACCAAUGUUGAAUCAAAAUAACCAAACUAGUCAAGAUUCAGAUCCUUAUUUCCUCAGACGCUGGGGAGUUACAUCCAAGAUUCAUGAAAAACAACAAGGUAAACAAAUCCGUACACAAAGCAGGGACCUAGAAGACCAAGUUUCAACAUUUGAAACUAAACAGAGAACAAGUGGUAAUAAAAUGGAAGUCAUUAAUUCUGCUUCUAAACUUCAUCACCAGAAAGACACCUCCACUACUGUUGACAACAGCUCAAAUAAAAUUAUUGCU